CAGCUUUAAAGCUGUUUGAUCCAUCUAUCCCGAGGCGGUGGUCUUUAAGCGUUGGGCUGUCGGGUUAUACACCGGUUUAGUGCCAGUUUGGAUUAAAAGCUCCGGGUUGUUAAAAACAUUAUAGUCUGGGUCCGGGAUGUCUGGACACUGAGUGUCAUCUGUGUGUAGAAAGAGCAGGGAAACCAAAGGAAAGGAAAGGAAGGGCUCCUCCUAGAUAUAUUAUCUUGUAAUUUGUCUCUUUGUUGACCGGCUCUUAAAAAGCAAAGAACGUUUCCCAGAACGAUUUUGUCGUCUGUCUUGUGCUUGGACGUUUCUCCUCGUGAUUUUUCCAUUACCAGCCUGUACAGCACUCUCCUACACCUCCCACAAUCCUCCACUUUUAACGCUGCCCUCCGGAGUUGCCAUGGCGGUCGCCAAGCCAAAAGGGCAGAACUCUCUGGCCCUGCAUAAAGUGAUUAUGGUCGGCAGUGGAGGUGUGGGCAAGUCAGCUCUCACCUUGCAAUUUAUGUACGACGAGUUUGUGGAGGACUAUGAGCCUACGAAAGCUGACAGCUACAGGAAGAAGGUAGUCCUGGAUGGAGAGGAGGUUCAGAUCGACAUUCUGGACACAGCUGGACAAGAAGACUAUGCGGCCAUCAGAGACAACUACUUCCGCAGUGGAGAGGGUUUCCUCUGUGUCUUCUCCAUCACCGAGCUGGAAUCAUUCGCUGCAACUGCUGACUUCAGAGAGCAGAUCCUGCGUGUGAAAGAGGACGAGAACGUGCCCUUCCUUCUGGUGGGGAACAAAUCGGACCUGGAGGACAGGAGACAGGUGAGCGCAGACGAGGCCAAGAGUAGAGCUGAGCAGUGGGGCGUGUGCUACGUGGAAACAUCCGCCAAAACCCGCGCCAACGUGGACAAGGUGUUCUUUGACUUGAUGAGAGAAAUCCGUGCCAGGAAGAUGGAAGACAGCAAGGAGAAGAACGGGAAGAAGAAGAGGAAAAGUCUGGCCAAGCGAAUUCGAGAGAGAUGUUGCAUUUUAUAGUACAAAAAGUUCUUUAACAAUCGUCACCAUGCUCUUCCCUUAUGUUUAAAAUAUGUAAAUAUAGUCUGUUCCAUAUUUCGUGUGUGUGUGUGGGGUUCGCAGCGUUGUCACGGUGUUUGUGCGUCAGAGCCAGAGCUGGUUUUAUAGUGCUUUACAGUUUCGCCUCAGGUGAAGCUACUAGGAGCUCUUCCUCACUUUCCGCCAUGUGUUCAUCGUUACAUUAUGUACCAGAAAUCCGCAAUAUCUUGUGGAGUGUCUUUCCCUCUCAAUCCAGCCAGGCUCAGAACAAACCCCGUGAUCCUGCUACUCGAUUAAAAUCCUGAACCGGAACCAACUGGUUCCUAUGACCUAGGACUCGGAUCUAUUGUGUCUGGGCUAUUUGCUCACUUCUUUUGUGAAAGAGGGCAAAUAAUCUGCCUUCAGAUGGAAAGAAGUCACUAAUGGACCCUUGUGUGUCCUUGUUGUCAAAACACACACACAUAUUAAAAUUUAAAUAUAUUGUUACAGUUAAAAUGCUGUGAACUGAUUGGCUGUCAGUUGUGAUUAAUUGUUGCUAUGGAAAUUAAAAGCACAGUAUCCUCUGAAAUCGGGUUAAUAGUUAGUAAACGCCAACACUUAUGAACUAUGAAACACUAGUUGUGAAUGUUUAACAAUUUCCCCCCUGUAUUUAAUUUCAUACUUUUUUUGCUAAGCUUAUGAGAGAUGUGAAUUGGGAACAGGAAGCUGUUUUGUGAAGCAUUUUGGGCCAUUUGACUCUUCCUGAUGCCUUGAUGUCCGAUGUGAAUGUGAAGCUCCGUAUUGAACCUUUCAAUGACGUCAUAUUGGAGCAGUAGUUUGCGGGGAAUGCCAGUUUCCCUGUGGAAAAUGAUUCGAAACUGUUACCACUGUGCAGGGCUUUAUUGUAGUUUGUAAAUGUGGUGUUUUGCAAGUUGUUCUCUGCCAUUAAAUCAGAGACACAAUUUACAAAAAAAGAGCCACGACUAAUGCUAAAGCCCUGUAAAAUACCACUAUGAUGAUUGUUUGUCUUUUUGUAUGCAGUAUGUGGCUGUUGUUGUGGGCUUUAUUCUGUACAUCCUCUUUUUUGUCUUCUUUAUUCAAAACAAACCUUAUUAGGUAAUUAGGAUGUUUUAAAUGCUGUUAUUAGCUUUCUAUUUUGUUUCUUUUUAUUGAUGACAGUAUGAAUGAAUUUUACAUUUCAAAAUGUAAAAUAUUAUUUUCACUGUACUCUUUGGUUCAAGUACGUGUAUUUUUGUUAAUAUACCUCCCUCUUUUCUGUUGCUUUUUAGCGAAAUGCUUUAACAUGCCAAUUGCUUAAUUUACCUAAACGGUCAGAUUUAAGUGUAGUGGAAGUAAAGGCUUGAUGUGUUGGCUCUCGCUUUCGAAACAUGAUGUUAAUAAUAAUCAUAACUCUGUAACUCUGUAUUCUUCACUCAAUCCAGCUGCAAACACAUGACAAAAUAAUAAUAAUAAGCCAGGCAUGUUUUCUGCAAUUCUUUUAAUUUUAAUGUAUUUUUUUAAAUGGACAAAAGGUUCUAGCUAAUACAACACCGUCAUUGCUGGGUGUGAGAUAGAUAUAUAUAUAUAUAUAUAUAUAUAAAGUGGGGAGAUCUAGUACUGUUUUGUACAAGUCUGAAACCUGGGCCAUUGUAAGCUAACCAUUUUGUAGAUAGUAAAAAAUGCUGUUGGAAUUCACUUGAGAUAUUUACACCAGUAACUACCAUGGUGCCAUUUAUGGUGACCCAUAGUUCACGGUUAACAUGGUAUCAUAUGUUGAACUGUUAGGCUAUUUAAGCUUAAUAAGUAUGAAAGCCUGUAUGUUGGAAUGGUAAUGUGAGAUAACCAUGGUGGGCUUUUGUAGCAAAAUUACUAAGCUGUACUUUUCCUGUUUACUUAAUGCGGUCAUGGUGCUAAUUUUUGCUUAUUUGCAAUGGCUUAAACUUGUGUGUGUGUGUGUGUGUGUAGGCGCAAGCGUGUGCACCUACACAUACGCAAGAUUUGUUUAAAAUUGAUGUGAAUGGUGUACAUGUCCAUUUGAAUUAUUACAUUGAAUUUUAACUUGUUAAAAUGUUUUUUGUGUAAUACACUGAUCUGCCUAAUAUUUGUCAGGAACCCUCAUAAGUGAAGAUAAGCUUUUUUUUUUUUUUUCAUUGCCAGUUUUUAAAAAACAUUUAAUUAGUUUUUAUCUUUCUUUCUAAUCCUAUCUGUUUACAGCUCUGUUCUUCCAGCAUUCAUUUUCUGUCUAAAUUAAUUGUACAUUAAUGCACAGUCAAUCAUUAUUUUACUAAUUGCAAUUUAUGUAAUGUUAUGCCUUUUUUUUAAUUAUUAUUGUAUAUAGGCUUCUAAUUUUACACUUACAAAUGAUUUACAGUUUAUGGCUCACUUUAUUGGUUUACUAACCACCGCCUAGAUCAAUUCAACUGCAUCACUUGAAAACUUUUAGCUCUAGCUCCACUCCCUAGUUCUCUGGCAGUUGGCCACACCCUAUCUCACUGGCUCCACCCACUCUCGCUCCUCUGCACUCUCCAGCUCUAUAUAUUCCAGCUAUCAUAUUGUUUGAAAUAAAUAUUUGAAUAUUCAAAGUAAGUAAAUUGUCACAUGAUUUGUAACACGAAGGAACUAAAUCAGUAAAUUAAUUUAUAUUCAUUAACAGUUUAAUAUUUACACAUCUGUAUAGUUGCUCAUAAGAUUACUUUUGACAGUAAAAUGGAAUUAUUUCAUUCUCCAUUCAGCUGAUUUUAAACGUGUAUCUUGUUGCUGUGAAGAUACUCUACGGGCAAAUUUAUUCAUUGUAUUCCAUUGUUGGUUUUUUGUGUUUUUUUUGGGGGGGGGGGUUGGCUGUUGCAUUAACCAUAUCCAUGUGUUCUUGUCUGUCUGAUUUGUGUACUGUGAGCCAUUGGAAAGAAAAAUAAAAUGAAGGUGAUUGUU